GCGCUUCUCGGCUUCCGUUCAGUGGGUCCAGACGUCCUGUUUGUCCUGCUGUAGUGUGUUCUUCGGGUUAUUUUGUUCUGUUUAACCUUUUUUCUGACUCGGUUCGGUUCGUUUGGAUCGCUGCAGCUGCUUUCUGACCCGGCGAGCAGAAGGAAGAUGUCCCCGCGGCCCCUGGAGCCCCUGGCCAGGCGGGUGAUGAAGGGCGUGGUCAUAGUGGAGCUGCUGGGCGUGUUUGGGGCCUACUUCCUGUUCCACAGGAUGAACAACAGUCAGGAGUUCAGGAGCUCCAUGAACAGCCGCUUCCCUUCAGUGCUGGAAGUUUACUACCAGUCCAACGAGUGGGCCGGGAUCUAUGGGAUCCGGGAGCGGGACCAGGAAGCCUGGGCGGCCAAACGGGACUGAGCUACUUCCUGUUCCUCCUGAAGGUCCCGCAGCCCCUCGUCUUCCUCCUGAUGAAGGAGCUCUUCCUGCGGCGCAGCGUCUGGGAGUCCCGGCCGUGGAUCCAGUCGUCCCGCUGCGAUUCCCACUUCAGCUGCUUCAGGCCUAAAAAGAGGAAGAGGAGGAAGAGCGGAUGUCAGAACCAAGCAGGUUCAAUCCUUAAAGGGACAGUUUGGCUUUAAAAGCAGGAGAAUCUGAACCAGCCAAUCAGGAGCCGUCCUGGAACCAAAGGGGCGGAGCCUACCACUUCUAUCCAUCCCAUAAUAUCAGAGAAAGGAUCAACUGGUCCCCUCCAGAACCGGAUCGGAACCAACCCAACAGUAAUAAAAGCAAACUGUCCCUUUAAGGAGCAGAACCGGUUCUGUUGGACCAACUGGACUCUGAAUGUUCUGACCUGCUGGAAUCCAAACUAAAAUAAAACGGUUAUGUCUCCUGA